CCUACACGUUUUUCCUUUUAUUGUUUAUUUUCUUAUUUACAUUUCAAAUGUUAUUCCCUUUUCCAGUUUCCUAUCCCAUCUCCCUCCCCUUCUUCUAUAAGGGUGUUCCCCUCCCCGUCCACCCCCCACUUCCUGCCCCCUGACAUUCCCCUACAUUGGGGGUCCAUACUCUUAAUUGUCCAACUACCAAUAUAAAGAGUCCUAACAGUGAGCUUGGAUGACACACUGGGACUCCCAUUUGACAAACCUCAGCCUGAUUAUUCAGCUAUGGAAACAACAUGAAAGCCAUUUUGAAGAUUAACAACCGGACUUGCAUCUUGUUAAUAAGACUCCAUUUCAUAUAGGAUGAAGCACCGCACUAUUAAGAUGUCAGCCUUCAAAUUAGCCUAAGCAACGAGGUGCAAAGGAGUCUGGAAAAUUAAAGCCAACACCCAGCUUUCUGAGUACUAUAUAAUGUCCACAGCAAAGAUAUAGUGUCCACAUCUUUAAACCUAACAUUUGACAUCUUCAGUCUUUUUAACUAACUUCAAUUAAGGGUUUGGGGAGUAUGCUUCAUAGCUACUGCCACUCAUCCGGGAGCUUGGGUAAAGCUCCAUCACUGUCUUCCAUCACACAUAACUCUAAUCCUAAAAGCUUUGAAGAUGGCAUUUUCUUGCCCAGCAGUUGUCACAGCAGAACCUGGCUCCUGGACAACUUUCAAGAAACUCACAGUGAAACUUCUCCCUGCCAGCUGACCAACCGUGGACAGCUCCAGUGCAAAGUGGACCCUUCUGUGAAAAGUCCUGGGAACUCCAGAGCUGACCAAAUAAUUCGUUCUAAGUCCAAGGCCAGUGAAAGAACAAAAGAAAUCUCUCCAUCUGUGCCAGAGCAUGCUUCUCAAACCUGCCAGUCAAGAACUUGUAAGCCAAUGGGUUUUGUAGCCCAGAGCUACCGACCUGCAAGUUACAUGACUAAGUGUUGCUUGCUAAGGUCUACAGUGUUUGAAAGUUCCCAAACUCUGGAGUUUGAAUCCAGCCCAUGCUGCUCUCAGGUUCCUGAGUCCAGUUCCUGUAAUUCCUCCAACAAUACUGUCUCUGGGCCACAUCUUGUGGAAUCUUCUAGCACUUAUGAGCCAACAUGCUGUGUGACUGGUGGUUCACAAUUGCCUAGUAAGUGAUGAAUUUAUAAAGGAUAUGACAUGAAUUUAUUUCUGAAU